AAUUGUAUAGAAUUAAAUGUUUAUUCACAAUACAGGUUCCUAUAAGGUGUCAGCACGUGGCGGUCUAUUUCUCCAUGGAGGAGUGGGAGUAUGUAGAAGGACACAAGGAUCAGUACAAGGAUCAGGUCAUGAUGGAGGAUCAGCAGCCCCUCACAUCACCAGUCAGAUCCAGUAAGAGAACAGCACCAGAGAGGUGUCCCCGUCCUCUUGAUGAACAGAAUAUGAAGUACAUUCCUACAGAGAAAGAUUUCAUUUAUAUUAAUGCUACAGAUAUAAAGGAAGAAGCAGAGACAGAUGUGAGCGGUGAUGAGCAGUAUAAGGAGAACAUUCCUACAGGGAAAGAUCUGAUCUAUAUUAAUACUACAGAUAUAAAGGAAGAAGAACAAGAGACAGAUGUAAGCAAUGAUGAGCAGUAUAAGGUGGACAUUCCUACAGGGAAAGAUCUGAUCUAUAUUAAUACUACAGAUAUAAAGGAAGAAAAACAAGAGACAGAUGUGAGCAGUGAUGAACAGUAUAAGGAGGACAUUCCUACAGGGAAAGAUCUGAUCUAUAUUAAUACUACAGAUAUAAAGGAAGAAGAACAAGAGACAGAUGUAAGCAGUGAUGAGCAGUAUAAGGUGGACAUUCCUACAGGGAAAGAUCUGAUCUAUAUUAAUGCUCCAGACAUAAUAGUAAAAGCAGAAGAGACAGAUGUGAGCGGUGAUGAGCAGUAUAAGGAGGACAUUUCUACAGGUAACCACCCAG